AGAAGUCCAUUAUUCAUUCUAAUAAGAAAACAUAAACCAUACAGGCUACAGACAAGUGUCCUGCUAUUUAACUUUAUCUACCUUUCGAUCGGGUAUUGGGCUUUACGUUUUAAAAGUUGUUCCCUGAAAACUACAACUCAGGAUUCGCCUUUCUACAAAAUGAAAGCAUAAGCUACCGUUUAUUGUUUGAAAUUCAAAAAGUCAUAGAUUAGGUAGGCUAACCAAAUUUCGCUCUUGUCCUUUAUGUAAAAUAAAUUUCCCAUGAUGCCGUACGAUAUGGCUACCAGCUGAUUGUUGGCCUGUUCGGGAAGAGGUCUGCUCCAGUGCUCUAGUUACUGUGCUGUUUCAGGAAGUGUUUUAUGGCGUUGGAGCCUAGCCUUGGAUUUGUCUAUUCAUUGUAUUAACUUUAGCGGAAGAAACGAUACAGGCAGCUAUAUUUAGCUUGUUAGGGAACUGGACUUCCAACGAAAUGAGAGGCGACGCUGCUUUCUGCUCCAAUUCUUUUUCUUUUUAAAUCCCCGCUCCAGGUAUCGCUGACAUGGACCGCCUAUCUCAGGGCCAGUCGAAGGAUGAUGCGCUUCCCCAGUCGCCGUCUACCUGCAGCCUCCCCACGGCUUUUGAUCUGUCGAGGAGACGUCGCCACGGCCCGGGGAGUCCCGCCCCCGUGGGCGGCCUGCCCCUGGCUCGGGCCCCCAGGUGGCGCGACCCCUCCAGCAGAGGGGUGGAGCCCCCGGGGAGCAGCUCCCCCUCCUAUCGCCAUUCCCUGACGGCUCAGCAGGUUCAGCCGGAUAAUGCCUUCUCCAACACCACCGUCACGCUGUCCUACAUCAACAGGUCUCACCUUCACUCGGCCCAGGACCAGAUCGCUCCCGGGGUCCGGUCCGUUCUGCCUCGAGCCGGCGUCCUCUCGCAGCACCCCCCGCCCGAUUCCAAGGGGCACAGGCCCGUGAGUUCGGCUGGCAGGGACGGCGGAGGGUAUCGGGGGCAGGCCGCCAACCGACAGGCAGGCGAACUGGCACCGCGGUCUGAACACCUCAGGGCGUUUUCAGAGGCCCCGCCCGUGGAGCGGGAGAAGGGCGGGCCGGGGGGAGUCGCUCGCUUCUCGCAGCACGCUCCGGGCUUCAACGGUAAACACGAACUCCUGGCGCCCGGCGGAGCCCCGGGCCUCCAGCGUCGUCACGGCGACAGCGUUGCGGAAGGCGGGAACAGGUUCUCCCAGCACAGGGAAGGAGAUCAGAGGAGAGGGGUGCCGAACGGCGUCAAAGGGGGCUUCUGGGAUCUGGAGUCCUGCUUGGGGAAAUACUCAAGCUUCCGACCCCGGGUGGAGCAGAGGCAGGGCGCAGGGGAAGCUUCUGACCGGGCCAGGAGAGCCUCCAGGAAGCUCUAUACCUCUUUAAACGAGGACUUCAUGAGCCCUUCGGACGAACGGUUCUUCCCCGCUGAGAGCUCGGGAGACGAAAUGGAGGACCUGGGCGCUCUUCCGCAGGCGCGGAACUCCCCCAGCUCCGACAGCCCCGGUCCGGAGGAGGACGCGGCCGACGUGGCCGGGGUGAGGGCGGCGGAAGGGGAGGGCUGCAGGUUCACGGUGCAGUUCGUGGAGGUGAGCAGCUCCCCGGAGGACAGCAGCAGCGACGAUAGCGAUGUCAUAGAAGUUCCCGUUACCAACAGCGCGGCGUCGCCGCCGGCGGGGCUGCCACAGCCGCCGGGGAAACCGCCGGCGCCGCCAGAGCGCCUGUCCGAGAGGAAGCGGCCGACUCGCGCCGCCGCGAAGACGGAGCGGGCGGCGCCCGAGGAGCGCCUGAACGGGAUCACGCUGGGGGACGGGCGCGAAGUCGGGCGGAGUAAACAGCCUCCCCACGCCAUCCUAGCGGCUCUGAGGCGGGAGGUGGUGGUGAACCUCACCCCGCUCGGGCCCAAAGCGUUCGGCCACGCCCGGCCCGCGGAGCAGCGCGCCCAGCCCGAGAACCUGAGCGGCGAGCGGCGCGCGGUUCUGCCCGGAGGCGCUUCGGACGGCGAUUCGGCGUGCGAUUCCGAGGCGGAGAUGGAGGCGGCCCACCUGGCCGCGGCGGGUCUGCAAGAUGGCGGCGGCCGUGACCCCCGCCCCGGCAGGCAGAAGGGCCGGCGGUCUACCUCGGGGUCCGAAGACGGGAGCUUCGCGAAAUCUCGCGACUGCAGCACGUCGUCCCCCGGCCCGUCCACCCCGAACGGGAUGGGGAUGGAGACGGAGACGGAGGCGGGGCAGCCGGGCGGCCCCCUGCCCCAGAGCUGCCCUCAGAAAGCGGUGGCGAAAGCCCCCAAAAGGACGAGAAAGCAGCAGAAGAGUCGCGCCAAGCGGUCGAAGACGAGCAGCAAGCCGAAGAAGAAGCGCAAGCGGGCCGGCCAGCCCUCCUCCGCGUUCUGCCCGCAGGAGCCAGAAAUCAAGCUCAAGUACGCCACCUACAGGGAGGAGAAGAGAGACGUGAGAGCCGCCGCCUUCGCGCCGUACGUGCACCUGGAGAAGAAAGAGUUCUCCAGGUGCACUGUCGUCAACUACCUGGAGGAGGAGACGGGCGGGCCGAAGAAGGGCCGGGUGAGGCCGGCGGGCCCGGGGCUGCUGGCGCCCGGCGCGGUCCCCGCCACCUCGUGCCUGGAGCUGGGCCGGCUGGACGCGGAGGGCCGGCGGCGGGCCGACCAGACGUGCUGCCUCUGCGGCGGCUCGGCCAACGCCGUGGAUCUGGGGGACCUCCACGGGCCGUACCGUCCCCGCAAGGGCCGGGGCCCGGGGCCCGGGGCGCCCGCCCAGCCGCAGGGCCCCAAGGACGAGGAGGAGGAGGCCUGCAGCGACUCGGACACCUCCUCCUACGACGGGCGUCGGGGGGAACGCGGCGGCGUCCAGGUGGAGGAGGAGGAGGAGGACGGGGGGGCGGGCGCCCAGCCCCGCAGGCCGUCCCCCGGGCCGAGGCGGGACGCAGCUUUGGCGGCUCAGUGCCGGUGGUUCUGCGACGAGGACAGCCUGCAGGACCCCGCGGCCCAAACGCCCUGUCCCGCGCCGGACCGCGGCGACCAGCGCAGCGCCCCCGCCGAAGCGCUGCACUCCGGGGAGUUCUGGCUGCACGAGGACUGCGGCGUGUGGUCCACGGGCGUCUUCCUCGUGAGGGGGAGGCUGUACGGCCUGGAAGAGGCUGUCAGGCUCGCGCAAGGAACGGUCUGUUCCACGUGCCAUGCAGCGGGGGCCACGCUGGGCUGCUUUUUCAAAGGCUGUCCCAAUAAGUACCACUACAGGUGUGCUCUGCUGUCAGACUGCGUGCUCAACGAGGAGAACUUCACCAUGAAAUGCACAAAGCACAAGAAUAAAUGCUUGAAAGGUGUGAGCAGAACAGAGAACAGGUGACGGAAGACGACGGCCAGCCCCGUGCCAGGUUUGCUUUUGGGCAGGUCCUGUGUGCUUUCUGGGGCGAGGCGUGUGUACGUCAGCUGAUGUGGAGUUCAUGUCUGCAGCCCGUGAUCCUGUCCCGUCACUCGCUGCGGUGGCCAUGACGAAGGGGGGGGGAAGAACGUCAGUGGAGCUCCGCGCGGGGGCUCCCCGUCCAGCGCCAGCCCGAUUCCGUUCCACCUUUGAGUUCCGCUGCGUGCCCGGCGUUCUGCCCGGCGGGCACCGUCUGCUCAGAGCUGCCUUUGGUCUCCAGCGGGCAGCCUGCCCCAGUCACGCCCAGAUCCAGUGUACCCACAGUGCACCUCACUGGAGACGCCAGGCCUUAAGACGAUGAGAUGUUUAGAGAGAGGCUCCCCGUAAGAAGGGAACGGCUACUUGUGUCGUUUUUGGGGUCAUGAAUCCAAAUUUGCGGUGUUUGGCCGUGCCCCAUGGCCACAGAUUUCGGUGGCCGUUUUUAAAGAUGUCAGCGGACUCUAUGACACUAUGAAUUUAACGACACUGCUUUGGCAAAACCUCCCAGUGACCAGGUUAGAAGCCCAAUGAUUACAAAUGUUUUGGUCAGUCAACAGUUUUUUAUUUUUAUUUUUAUUUUUUUAAUUCUAAUUGUGUAUAAUUAGCUGGGUCUGGAACAGGGUUUUGCAUAUUUAAGUUUUUGUAUUAAUUUAUAUAAAUAUGUCAAAAAUGGGUAAAUUAUUAUUUAAGGCAUAUUUUGAUGUAUGUUCCAGAUAUUUUGCCUGCAUUUUAGGGGGGGGGCAAAAGAAUGCUCAACGCACUUGACCAAUUGGAGUCAAUCUCAGGCCCUCUUGUUCCAAAUGUGAUUAUAUUUAUAAUUUAUACACUAUUUUCUUCAGGAAAAAAAAAAUUGAAUAAGCAAACCCAAGCAUAACUGAACGAUUUUGAGCGAGGUCUUUGGUGUGUGGCUGUGCGCUCAGGUUAAGCAGAACGUUCAGUCAAAAGACGAGAUGCAUUUGAAUGUACCUGAUUCGCUGGCUGUCCGUGCCAGUGUGAAACAUCUGACUCGGGAGUCUGCUUUUGGCUUCGUUAGUUUCUGUAUUACGCUUGUUGUCAUGAACUAGUGACAAGCAACCGGAGACCACGAUGAGUUCUGCUUUUUGUUUUGUGUUUUCUAGUGUGGCCGUUGGCAUCUGCAGUGUUUCCCUGGUUUCUGUCCUGUACCGGCAUGGGACAGAUUUUGCCAGUCCCUUAACAAGCCUUACUUCUUGAAGGUGUUCUCUCUGCCAUCUUUUUGUUAAAGCGUUCUUUUUUUAUUUUUUUUAUGUGCCCCGUGUAUUUUACCUAGUGACCACAUGUAAAGAAAAUCUCCUUUUCAAAGACAGACCAGGUUAGUAGGCCUAAUGUGAGCAUUUGUUCCUUACAGAUCGAAAUGUAAGAAAUACUUUCAUCUGUUCCAAAGCUGUGUAUAAUGCUUAUAAAGUCCUAAAUUAAAUUAUUCUUUUCAGAAUCUUCCAAUACCAAGCAGUGUAGGUGAUUUAAAAAAUAAUAAUAAUAUCCUGACCUUUAACCUGGUAUGUAUACUUGGUCUGUUUGAGCAAAUUGUGUGUGGGUUUUUUAAAAAAAUUUUAUUUUUUAUUUUUUAUUAUUAUGAUUUAUUCCAGGCAGUGCUGGGGUGGAUUGGAUUGGGUGAUUGUAAGUUUGGGGGUAAAUAUCUGAUUAGUGUUACCCUGUAUUUCAGAGCUACUGGAGUUCUGCAGUCUUUUCCCACAAAGUGUGCUUGAAUUAUUGUGUUCAUUAAAUUGGCUCAGCUUUCCUUCCAAAC